AUGGCUGACAACAACAACGCUCCGGCCCCCGCUGGUGGUGAGGGUGGCUUCCGUGGUGGCUUCGGCGAGCGCGGCCGUGGCCGUGGCCGUGGCCGUGGCCGUGGUGGCCGCCGUGGCGACCGCGACAAGACCGAGUGGGUUCCCGUGACCAAGCUCGGCCGUCUGGUGAAGGCUGGCAAGAUCAACUCGAUUGAGGACAUCUACCUCUUCUCCAUCCCGAUCAAGGAGGCCGAGAUCGUCGACCGCUUCCUCGGCUCGGCGCUCAAGGACGAGGUCAUGCAGAUCAAGCCCGUCCAGAAGCAGACCACCGCCGGUCAGCGCACCCGCUUCAAGGCCUUUGUCCUUGUCGGUGACUCGAACGGCCACCUCGGCCUUGGCGUCAAGUGCUCCAAGGAGGUUGCCCUCGCCAUUCGCGGUGCCCUCAUCCAGGCCAAGCUCAACGUCCUCCCGAUCCGCCGUGGCUACUGGGGUUCCACUAUGGGCCAGCCCCACACCGUGCCCGUCAAGGUCACCGGCAAGUGCGGUUCCGUCCGUGUUCGUCUCAUCCCGGCCCCGCGUGGUACCGGCGUCGUCGCCGCCCGCGCGCCCAAGAAGCUUCUCCAGAUGGCGGGUGUCAAGGAUGUCUACACCUCGUCGUCCGGCCAGACCGCGACCAUGGGCAACUUCCUCAAGGCCACCUUCUCGGCCGUCACCAAGACCUACGGUGUCCUCACCCCGGAGCUCUGGGCCCCGACCUACUUUACCGCUGUGCCGUUUGACGAGUUCUCGGACUUCCUCUCGCGCCCGGUCAAGGCCAAGCGUGUCCAGCAGGACGAGCGCCGCUAAAGCCCUCUUUGAGCCUU